AUGGGAAAUGCAGAUAUUGACAAAGCAGAGAUUUUGUUGAAGCUUCCAGAUAUUUUGAAAUCUGAUAAUCUUGGGAAUGUUCACGUAAUUCUCUUGAAGGGCACUGACUCGAGCCAGGUUCCCAUAGUGAGGCUUAUGGAUCUUACUAUUGGAAUCUGUUGCGAUAUUUGUGUAAACAACUUGCUUGCUGUUAUAAAUACAAAGCUUCUACAUGACUACUCAAAGAUAGAUGUAUGA